AUGAUAAAAUGGUUAGGAUCAAUCCGGAACUAUGUUAAUCAUAGUAUCCAGCCUUUUUUGAAGAAUGAACAGUCAAGUAAUGAUCAUAUAAUUUUCCUGUGUAAGCAAAAGUUAUUUAAACAAGCUUUAGAGGCAUUCGAGUUGUUAGAAAGGAACACAUCUUAUAAUUUGUAUCCAAGCACGUAUGCACAGCUAGUAUCCGCGUGUUCGUCCCUUAGAUCCCUGCAAUAUGCGAGGAAAAUUCAUAGUCAUGUAUUAGCAUCGAAUUAUCAGCCAGACAUGAUUUUUCAUAACCAUUUGUUGAAUAUGUAUGGUAAAUGUGGGUCGUUGAAGGAUGCUCGAAAGGUGUUUGACGAAAUGCUUGAACGGAAUUUGGUAACUUGGACUUCUAUAAUUGCUGGGUACUCACAAAAUGGUCAGGAGAAUGAAGCUUUGAGUCUUUACUUUCAAAUGCGACAGUUUGGUCUUAUACCAGACCAGUUUACAUUUGGAAGCGUAAUCAAAGCGUGCUCGAAUAUGAAUCAAGUGGAGUUAGGGAAGCAGUUGCAUGGCCAUGUGAUUAAAUCGGAACAUGGUUCCCACCUUAUUGCUCAGAAUGCACUGAUCGCGAUGUAUACGAAGUUUAGUCAAGUUAACGAGGCAUUGACAGUGUUCUCGCGUAUUAAAUCGAAGGAUUUGAUUUCGUGGAGCUCAAUGAUUGCUGGAUAUUCACAGCUUGGUUAUGAAUUAGAAGCUCUGCCCUGCUUGAAAGAGAUGCUUAGUCAGGGAAUUUACAGAGUGAAUGAAUUCGUUUUUGGUAGCGUUUUUAAUGCCUGUAGAAGUCUUGCACGAGCUGAAUAUGGAAGACAAAUACAUGGUUUAAGUAUAAAAUUCGGGCUUAGUUUUGAUGCUUUUGCUGGUUGUGCUGUUACUGACAUGUAUGCCAGAUGUGGAUGGUUGUGGUCUGCAAGAACUGCAUUCUACCAGAUAGGAAAUCCCGAUCUCGUAUCCUGGAAUGCUCUGAUUGCGGGGUUUGCAUAUGGAGGUAAUCCUGAUGAAGCUAUAUGUCUAUUUUCUCAGAUGAGAACUUUGAGGUUGACCCCAGAUGAUGUCACAGUUCGUUCUUUACUUUGUGCCUUUGUAAGUCCAUCUGCUCUCUUUCUAGGAAAGCAAGUGCACUGCUAUGUUAUUAAGAGUGGCUUUGAUAUAGAGAUUUCCGUCUCUAAUACAUUACUUUCAAUGUAUGCUAACUGUUCAGAUCUUCCGGAUGCACAUAAAAUUUUCAAUGAGAUAAACUGUAAGGCAGAUUUAGUCUCGUGGAAUGCCAUUCUUACCGCUUAUCUACAACAGAGAGAUUCUGGAGAAGUCUUCUCAUUAUUUAAAAUGAUGCUUCUUUCUUCUAAUAAGCCUGAUCAUAUUACAUUAGUUAAUAUGCUUGGGGCUUCUGGAAAAGUAGCCUCGUUGGAAGUAGGAGACCAGGUUUGUUGCUACGCCAUGAAAAAUGGGCUAAGUGAAGAUAUUUGUGUCAUGAAUGCUUUAAUUGACAUGUAUGUGAAAUGUGGACAUAUGACAAGCGCUAAAAAGCUCUUUGAUAGUAUGAAGAACCAUGAUGCGGUCUCAUGGAGUAGUUUAAUAGUGGGGUAUGCUCAGUUUGGAUACGGAGAAGAAGCUCUGGAUCUCUUCCAGAAGAUGAGAUAUUUAGCUGUCAAGCCAAACCAAGUUACCUUUGUCGGUGUUUUGACUGCUUGUAGCCAUGUUGGACGAGUAAAAGAAGGCUGGCAAUUGUUCAGAGCCAUGGAAACGGAGUUUGGUAUUGUACCAACUAAAGAGCAUUGUUGCUGUGUGGUUGACAUGCUUGCCCGAGCUGGCUGCAUAGAAGAAGCAGAAGCUUUUAUCAAUCAAAUGGAACUUGAUCCUGAUAUUGUGGUGUGGAAAACUUUGUUAGCUGCUUGUAAGACACGUAACAAUCUUGAUGUUGGCAAACGAGCUGCAGAGAAAAUCUUGGAGAUUGAUCCCUCGAAUUCUGCAGCACAUGUGUUACUCUGUAACAUUUUUGCUUCUACUGGCAGUUGGAAGGAUGUUGCAUCACUGAGGGGUCUGAUGAGACAAAAAGGUGUCAAAAAGGUUCCAGGUCAAAGCUGGAUCGAAGUCAAGGACCGGAUCCAUGUCUUCUUGGCUGAGGAUUCUAUGCACCCCGAAAGGGACAGAAUAUAUUCCAUGCUAGAUGAACUAUGGCUACAGAUGCUAGAUGAUGAUUAUUUGCCCAUUCAGAUUUAAGUUUUAGGGGGUAAAACAUUUGGACGAGAUGAGUAAUGGAUACACACUUCUCGCAUUGUCCAUUGUCUUGACUAGAGAGACAAUCAUCGACAACAACAACAUACCUAGUGUAAUCCCACAAAAAUGGGGUGGCUAGAGAAACAAUGAAGCAGCAAAUAGCUGUCUGCCGGUUUCCGAAGUACAAUUUGCCGUUGUUUCAUAUAGAGAUGUAUUUCGAGUUCCAGAUUGCAGAUUAACUGAAGAUACCAUGGAAGAUUGCUGCCAAUUUGGAAUAGAGAAAGAGAUGACUAUGAAAGAUGGCUCUACUGCUUUUAAGGAGUGAAUGAAUCCCUCAUUUGAGGAACCUCUACUGUUUUGACGAGUAGACACAAGAAGCAGCAGUACGCUGUUAUUAUUCCUAGCAUCACUGGUACAUCCUCAUUUUCAAGGCAUACGUCUUCUUUGUGAUCUUCAAACUGCACUGAUUACCCGCCCGGAAAAUAACAGCCUGGUGUUUGAGAAGUAUCUUGGAGCCAGCAAGAAGAUAACGAGAAAGGAUUCUGAAGGGGUCAUUAGAAUUUAUGAGCACGCCCGACAUGUCUCUUACAACACAUGAAAGUUUGCAGACUGAGGUUGAGUUUGUGAGUAGUUCACUCCUUUCUCAGUAAAUGGUCACCAUGUUGAGGAAGAAUCUCUGCCAAGCCUUCAUGCAAAAGUCUUGUGAAAUUUGUUGAUUUCUCUGUUUACUGGCUGAAAAAUAGGCCAAGAGAUACUUCCAUAAAACUUGUAAUCUUCUUAGACCUAAGGAAUUGACGCAGUGUACCAACUAAGGCGCAAGAUUUAAAGAAUCACGAGCUGUAACUCUCAGAUCCAUUAGCUCCCUUGUAGUGAAGAAGUGAGCUUAUAUAUGCAGAAAAGCAGCUCUGACGUACUCAAUGCCUGAUAGAGAUUUCCCAUAUGCAUCCCCGGUGGUUGGGAAUCUGCUAUUUGUGCGUGGUGGAGAAACAAGGGGAAGCCCGUGAUAACCAUAUUCUCAAGCCCAAAUUACCGACAAAUUACUAUGUUUGGUAAGAGAUGCAGCACCUAGGUUGCCUGGAUGCAUAGGAAUCAAAAUUGAUCUCUUUGGUUAGACUCACAGUUAAUUAUUGUGGUAUGGAAGUUCACUAAACUGUUAGUGAAGCUUUGGACCGCUUGCUCUAAGAAAGUGAUUACUGCAUAACAUUUCAGAAGAAAUGGGUCUUUGGGCCUAUUUUGAUGGUCAUCCACCAAAAAACAGAUUUCCAGUAUGAAACUACAUGCUCAGUAAAGAGUAGGAAGAGGGCUAAGAAAAAGGAACUCUUAAAUUUGAGCACUGCAGAUUAGACUUCUGAAAAUUCAUUGGAACUAGAAGGCAUUUGGUGUAAACUGCAGCCGGCUAUGUUAGGAGUUGCUUAAAGUGUUCCAAGAGGAGAUUGCUACAUAGGCCUUAGACUGAACCGAUCUAAUGACCAUCAUAUGGGUUAAUGCAUUUGCACCUCUAUGACUUUUGUGAGUUUUUGCCAUGAUGUUCUUUGUUUGUAGUUGAAAUGGUUCAUCAACCUGUUUAGGGAUGGUAUUGAAGAUAUAAUACAUCAAUUCUGAUUUCCAAGACCCUUGUUUAUCCUAAAUCAAAGUGGAAAUUUCAAAUAUAAUGGUUGAGUACUGAUAUAUUGAAUUUUUGUGGUGCAUAUUAGUAUGAUGUUUCUAAUUAUAUGUAUCUUAAUAUGACUAGAAAACUUGAAAAUAAAGAAACAUUGAUUUUC